UUAAUAGAAGCUAGCGCUAAGAACCCUAGUGUGUUAAUGGAGUUAGAUAUGGACGGUAAUGUUAAACAUUUGGGGAAAGCAUGGGAGUCAAUUAUUGGUACCAAAGUUCAAAAGAUCUUGAAUCGCCCUAUUUCCAACAUUGUACUAGGCGACGAGGAUGAUAAGAAGGUCUUCAACAAUGCUAUUAGCAUAAUGACAACAGAUGACGCAAGUUAUAGAGUACGAUUUGUUGUCGCAACUAAUGAUCCAAAGCCUGAAAGUGGCGACGGUGAAUCAUUUGAUUCCAUAUCUACAAAUGGUGAAAUGAUUGAAUUGGAAGGCCAGGGAAUUUUGAUUCAUAACAGUAAGAAUAUUCCAACCCAUUCAAUGUGGAUAUUGAAACCUUUUUACGCCAAUGCUUUGAACGUUCAAUUACCAACAAAACUCUCUGAAACAUUAGGAUUCGGUGCUGAUAUUUUCACUUCAUACUUGUCAGCUCUAUCAGAAGCUGGUAUAAUCAAUGAAGAUGAAGUCCCAGCGCCCCCUCAGGUUCUGUGUCGAAUUUGUGAACAACAGGUGCCGUCAUGGUGGUUAGAAAAACAUUCACAGCUUUGUUUUAAUGAGCAUAAAUGUGAAAGUGAAGUCCAGGAUGCUCAUGACGCUUUAGUUGAACAGAAACAAAUUAUAGCCACCAUAAAUGAAUCAUUGAGUAAGCAGCAAGUAAAUUUACAAGAGGAAGUUAAUGAUUAUAAGGGCCUACCACUUCCCAAAGUUGCACCAAGUGAUUCACCAGUUGCAAGAAACGCUACACCACUCGUGAGAAGGGGUCGAUCCGCUUCAAUAUUUGGUGCGUUGAGAUUUCCAUUCAAAACGCUUGCCCUUUUGUCAGAGCUUUGUGAACAAGCUACAUCUAUCAAUCCCAGUGAGUUUAACGAAGAGAGUGAUACUUUUGAAUUUUCUCCAAAUACAAAACAGGCAUUAGAAGAAGUUUCAAGCUCAGCAAUACCCGAAUCAUCAGACCCUGCCAUUAUACUACUCUCUAAAGAUACAGAAAAACUAGUCAAAGAUAAGGUUGAUGCUGUUUCCCGGCUGAAUAGCUCAUUGUUAUAUUCCCAAAAGAUAAAGGAUGAAGUUGAUGAGUAUGUGAUUGCUACCAUUAGUGAGACAAUUAAAAACAUCAGAAACCAAACAUACGACGUUGUUCCCUCUAAUCCGUCUAGUUCAAGUGAACGUCUUCAGACUUCAACUGAGAAAAAUGAGUCAACUAACAAACUGGUGUACCCAAGACCAACCUCUGUUCAAUCAAAUAUAUUUACAGAUGCUUAUCUUAAGACUGAUAAUUUACCCAGCCCAAGCCGAGAGAGCAUAAGAGAAGCACUGAAUGAAACAAGGGGUCAAUAUUCCCCAUCCAGGUCAAUUACACCAAACGAAGCCUUGAAAGAUUCCAAUCAAGAAGAUCAUGUUCCGAGCUUCUCAGACCUGAAUAUUAAAAGUCCAAUUUUGACUCCACAGAGGAAAGGUUCACCAGGAGCACCACCAGGAUUUCAUAAUUCACCAAUGAGUUCUAUUCAAAGAAAUGUUAAGUCAUCUGGAACGCCCAGUUUUGAACAUCAAGUCAACACGCCCUUUUCAUCUCCUCUGAUAUUAGCACAUGAUCCUAGUGAUCAUUUUGAAAAAAGAUCCAGUGGUGAUAACAAUUAUCUGUCAAUUAGCAGUGCUGGUAGUGGAAGUAUAAGCACAGGUCAUUUGGGAAAACCUCCUUUAUCACCAUUGUUAGUAGCUGUUGCACCAAAACCUUCAGCUCCAUCGAUCAAAGACUAUGAAGUUUUGAAACCAAUUAGUAAAGGUGCUUUUGGUAGUGUGUAUUUAGCUAGACGAAAAGUCACUGGUGAUUAUUUUGCCAUCAAAGUCUUAAAAAAAGCGGAUAUGAUUGCUAAAAAUCAAGUUACCAACGUGAAAUCUGAAAGGGCCGUGAUGAUGGCCCAGUCUGAAAGUCCAUAUGUUGCUAAAUUAUAUUCUAGUUUCCAAAGUAAGGAUUAUUUGUUUUUAGUGAUGGAAUAUUUGCCUGGUGGUGAUUUAUCAACUUUAGUUAAAAUGCUUGGAAAUUUACCAGAUGAAUGGGCAAAACAUUAUAUUGCUGAGGUUGUUAUUGGUGUUGAUGAUCUACAUAAAAAGGGUAUUGUGCAUCAUGACUUGAAACCUGAUAACUUGUUGAUUGCAUCUAGUGGGCAUUUGAAACUUACUGAUUUUGGUUUGUCAAGAAUGGGGUUGGUUCGUCGUCAAGAAAGGGCACAUAAACACUCCAUACCAGGGGACGAUGCAUUUGCACAAGCUGCCAUGAGUUCUCAUCAUAGAAAAAGCUCUUCAGUUACUCCUUUCAGUCUUUCUGCCUCAGGUCCUCCAAGUGCUAAUGAUUUUUCAAGUGCUGGUUCAAGUCCGACUUCAAGUUUUUUUGAGAACAUGAUCAAGGGUGAGAAAAAGAAAGAGGAGAGAUCAGGAUCAGGUAGUAGUGUUGUUGAUUCGCCGCUACUGAGACCAUUGCAUAGAUCUGCUUCUCAAUCGUCAUUUGCUCUUGAAGAGAACCCAUCAUUUCCUUCUACUCCAACAACAAAGAACCUAGCGUUGUUUGAUCCAGAGAACACAACUUUCAAUAAAAAGUUCGUUGGAACCCCGGAUUACUUAUCACCAGAGACAAUUCAAGGUACAGGUGAAAAUGAAGCGUCCGAUUGGUGGUCAGUUGGCUGUAUUCUUUUUGAGUUCUUGUUCGGUUAUCCACCUUUCCAUGCAAAGACUCCAGAGAAAGUUUUUGAAAAUAUUUUGAAUGGUAGAGUUGACUGGCCUAAUCUAGCACCUGAAGAAGAGUUGGCAUAUUGCUCACCAGAAGCCAAAAACUUGAUAAAAAGACUACUUGAUAUGGAUCCGGAGACCAGACUUGGUGUUAACGGUGCUCAAGAAAUUAAAGAUCACCCAUAUUUCAGUGGCGUUGAUUGGGAUGAUUUAUACAACUCUGCAGGCUCAUUUGUUCCUGUUGUUGAUGAUCCAGAAAGCACCGAUUAUUUUGAAUCUAGAGGGGCUGCUUUACAUGAGUUCCCAUCGGAUGGUUCUGAUUCUGAUGCUGAUGAUUCAAUGGAUAGUAAGAAUGAUGCUCCAAGAACUCAAGUUAAUAGCACAACAGCAUUAGGUUCACCUUCAACAAUGAAUUCCCCAACUUCGAAACAUUUGUCAUUAGCUAUUCCUGUGCAUUUAAGAGAAAGAAGACCAAGUAAGUUGAAUGAUAAUAGUGGUGAGUUUGGCUCAUUCCAGUUCAGAAAUCUCCCAGCUUUAGACAAGGCAAAUAAAGAUGUCAUUAAUCGUAUCAAAGCUGAGCAUUUGGAGCAUAGAAGCAGUAUGUCAAGCUCAUCUUCUGAGUCUGGAACAAGGUCUAGAAAUUACUCAAUUUCAUCAAAUAAUGGGUUGAGACGUGCCGUAUCUCCUUCUUCUUCAAUCAUGAGAACACAUUCCCCAAGCAGGAUGAGUAUCAACUCAGCCAAUGCGCCUCAAUCUGUUCCAUUACAUGAAAGACUUAAUUCAAGUGCUUCUAGAUCCGGUCGGUCAAGUCCAAGAAGUGAUUCAGGCUCUCCAUCAACGAAAAGUUUUGCCAAACCACAGACACCAACACCACAAGGUCAACCAACUAAUCCAUCAAGAGUUUCAAGAAGCAAUCUGUUUCAUAGAGCCUUUUCAGAUUUUUCACCAUCAAGCUCAGAUACUGAAGAUUCUCGUUCUUCUGCUUUACAAAGAGUUCGUAAAAGAAGACAGAGCUCCAAAUUCUCGGAAAGUUCCAACUCUAGACUGUCGAUUCUGGAUAUUUUGUUAUGUGAACCAAUUCCUAUUUUGAGAUACUCUAUGAAGAAAAAUCUAGAAAGUUUAGGUUGUGCCGUUGUUGCUGUUUCUGCUGGUGAUGAAAUCGUAAGAAGAGCUACUGGUGAAGUUAAGUUUGAUCUGAUAAUUACUGCUUUGAAACUGCCAAAGCUUGGUGCUAUUGAUAUUGCUAAAUUAUUGAAACAUACUUCAAGUGUUAAUUCCGAGACCCCUGUUAUUGCAGCUACUGCUUACUACAAAGAAGCUACGACUGCUAAUAUUUUUAGUGAUGUUUUGGAAAAACCAGUUGGUCGUAAGCAGCUCAAAGGAAUCCUUGAAAAACACUGUCGUUGGAAAAUUGAUAGAGCUGAAGAGGCUGUUUCUGAUACAGAA